GAGUAGGGAGGGGGAGAGAAAGAGAGAGGGAGAGAGAGAGAGAGAGAGAGAGAGAGAGGAAGCAGAGGGUGAACACUCGGUCCAACACUCAGCAGCAUCAUGGCACCUAUCGGAUUAAAGGCGGUGGUCGGCGAAAAGAUUAUGAAUGAUGUAAUCAAGAAGGUGAAGAAGAAGGGAGAAUGGAAGGCGCUGAUUGUGGACCAGCUGAGCAUGAGGAUGUUGUCAUCCUGCUGCAAGAUGACAGACAUCAUGACAGAGGGCAUCACCAUUGUGGAGGACAUCAACAAGCGACGAGAGCCUCUGCCCAGCCUGGAGGCCAUUUUUCUGAUUACACCCACAGAGAAGUCUGUCCACUCCCUCAUCGCAGACUUCAAAGAUCCUCAUUCAGCUAAAUACAAGGCAGCCCAUGUUUUCUUCACUGACUCCUGCCCUGAUCCUCUUUUCAACGAGCUGGUGAAGAGCCGUGCUUCCAAAUCCAUCAAGACUCUGACGGAGAUCAACAUCGCCUUCUUGCCCUACGAGUCUCAGGUGUACUCUCUGGACAAUCCAGAUGCCUUCCACAGUUUCUACAGCCCCCAUAAGACCCAGCUGAAGAACCCGGUGAUGGAGAGGCUGGCUGAGCAGCUUGCCACACUCUGUGCCACCUUGAAGGAGUACCCUGCUGUCAGAUACCGAGGCGAGUACAAGGACAACGCCACCCUGGCUCAACUGGUUCAGGACAAACUGGACGCCUACAAGGCUGACGACCCCACUAUGGGAGAGGGUCCUGACAAGGCUCGCUCACAGCUGAUCAUCCUGGACAGGGCGUUUGACCCCGUCUCUCCUGUCCUGCACGAGCUCACCUUCCAGGCCAUGGGCUACGACCUGCUGCCCAUCGAAAACGACGUCUACAAGUACGAGACCAGUGGCAUCGGAGACUCUCGUGAGAAGGAGGUUCUGCUGCAUGAAGACGAUGACCUGUGGGUGAGCCUGAGACACAAACACAUAGCUGAGGUGUCCCAGGAAGUGACACGCCAGCUGAAGGACUUUUCUGCCAGCAAGAGGAUGAACACUGGGGAGAAGACCACGAUGAGGGAUCUGUCCCAGAUGCUGAAGAAGAUGCCUCAGUACCAGAAGGAGCUCAGCAAGUACUCCACUCAUCUGCAGCUGGCUGAGGACUGUAUGAAGCAUUACCAGGGAACAGUGGACAAGCUGUGCCGUGUGGAACAGGAUCUGGCUAUGGGCACAGACGCUGAGGGAGAGAAGAUCAAAGACCCCAUGAGGGCCAUCGUGCCCAUCCUGCUGGAUGCCAACGUCAGCACAUAUGACAAGAUCCGCAUCAUCCUGCUCUACAUCUUCCUCAAGAAUGGCAUUACGGAGGAGAACCUGAACAAGCUGAUCCAGCACGCUCAGAUCCCCCCUGAGGACAGUGAGAUCAUCACCAACAUGGCUCACCUGGGCGUCCCCAUCAUCACAGAUUCCACCCUCCGUCGAGGAAAGAAGCUGGACAGGAAGGAGCGUGUGAGCGAGCAGACCUAUCAGCUGUCCCGUUGGACACCACUGGUGAAGGAUAUCAUGGAGGAUGCUAUUGAUGAUAAGCUGGACACCAAGCACUACCCCUACAUCUCCACCCGCUCCUCUGCCUCCUUCAGCACCACUGCAGUCAGUGCUCGGUACGGCCACUGGCACAAGAAUAAGACACCUGGAGAGUACCGCACUGGGCCACGUGUCAUGGUCUUCAUCAUCGGCGGUGUGUCCUUCAGCGAGAUGCGCUGCGCCUAUGAGGUCACACAGGCCAAUGGGAAGUGGGAGGCGGUCAUUGGUUCCACCCACAUGCUCACCCCCUCCAAAUUCUUAUCGGACCUGCAGCACCCCGACUUCCGAGAGUCCACUAGGGUGUCCUUUGAGGACGCAGAACCCACAGCCGAGUGAGGCAGAGACAGAUUGGGAGGGAGGGAGAGAGAAAUCACACUGAAAAAAGAUCGACCAACAUCUUCACCCCCACCGCCCUGCUGGAGCAGCUCAAGACCAUGAACAAACCAGACGAGGAAGUGACAAGCUAAAAUCCUCCAAUCACAUCUCUCUCCUCUUUCCCUUAACCCUGCCCUUCACUCCACCCCACCCCACCCUCUACCCGUCACCCAUCUUACCUCUGUAUCCUUCCCCCACAAAUCUUACAUUAAUUGUUUAUGCAUCUUGCUUGAGAAGAAAAAAAAAAGAUAUCUUAGAUGAUUAAAAAAAAAAAUGUAUCAAAGAAUAAGAACAGUUGCAAGUAUUCUCAUGUUUUACAAUGGAUGCAACUAAAUGAACUUAUUUAAAAAGGUUUAAAUAUCAGAACAGAAGGCCAUUUAAAACUGAAAGUACCAAAAUGUAAUAUUGUAUGCUAUGAAACCUGCUAGAAUGUGUAAAAGGUAGACAUUUUCUCUUGUUUGAUCCUUUGGAUUUCCUCCUUGGUGUGAGUUUUAUUGGAAGCGGGUGGAGGAGGGAUGCGCAGUUUGAGAGGUUGAUGUCGUAAAAUAUGUCAUAUCAGUCAACAUGCAAUAUAUAUAUAUUAAUAUAUUCAUCAGAGAGGAGCCCCCAAACCCCCCCCAUCCAUUUGAGAUGUUCGUAUUCAGUAGCAUGCUUGGACUUGUGUGGACUGUUAAUGUGUUUGUAUCCAGUGUGGAUGUUCUGGGAGCUGCAGAGUUGGCAUUUAGCUGUUUCCCCAAGAUGUCGAGCUUGAAUACUCCGCUGAAAAGCUUUGUUUUGAGUAUUGAAAAAAGUGGGAAAGCGCGCUUUGAGACUUUUCAAACAACUCCUGAAGAAUCUGCACUCUCAGGUGCCAGUUUAUGAGGAACAAAUCUAUGGCCAUAAAGUGGUUACUGCUCUCAAAAAGUCCUUGUAAUGAGAACAUUUAUACAAAAAUGGAGGUAAGAUUUCAGACAUUUUUAUUUAUGUAUGUGGAAUAUAAAUUAACUAUUCGCUUCCCAGAGUGUUUGAUACUCAAAACAUACACUUUCAGUUAAGUAUUGGUUUAAAAAUGCUUGGUUUAGCAGAUGUUGGAAAGAGAGUGCUCUGUAAAAAGCCAGAAUCAUCCCUCCUCCGGCUGCCGAGACUGUAAAGUAUUGACUUGCCACAAUCUUUUUCCUUUCUCCGGAGAAACUUCACGUUUUAAUGUCGAAAAGGCCGUUGCUUGCUGAUAUUUAAUGAAUAAUCUUAAAAAGGGCCAGUUGUAUUUCAGUAUUGUAUCCUGUCAGAAUAAGUCUUAUCUUUGGUUAGUAAUGAUGUUUAAUUGGGCCAUGCACUGAGUAGUGUUGUGUAUCUGCCAUAUGUUGCUGUUUUAGCGUCUCACUGUUGACUGGUGAUAUUUCUGACUGUGAAGUAGUGAUACUUUUCCUUUAUCAAUGCCAAUGUGAAGCCGCCGUGUUUGUGAUGUUUAGCUGUAGUUGUUAGUCGUCAACCGGGAAAAAGAACCAAUAUCUAUAUUUUCUUUGUCUGUUUCCUCCUCUGGUGCAAUGUAAAACCCUCUAAUGGUGAAUGGCUUUGCUAAAAAAAAAAAAAAAACCUUAAACCCCCUUUUCACUUUUAUUUCCUCCCUCCCUCUUUCCUGGCCAAACAAGUUGUAUAUUGCACUAUAAUGCGUUUUCUGUGAUGCAAACGCUUGACUUUGUGUUUAUUUUUUUCUAUUAUAAUUUGCUGUUGUAUAGGGUUCACUCCAUCAAAUCAAUUGAUUUAUAUCAAAAUUAUUUAUCAGAGAAAAGAUAAUAAUGAUACAUUAGUCUGUCCUAAAACUGUUUAACUUAUUGGGAUUGUAUGUUUGCGAGUGUUGAAGCACAAACAAUACUUCCAUGUGUACCUAAUAUGUACUAAGGCUGUCUAAUAAAUUGGCUUCCAUAACA